UGAACCUGGACACAAUCAACAAACAAGCAGCAAAGGCUCUUCACUAAUUUUCCCACCAGAGUUCAGAGUAAACAAACAGAUUCACAGAAAAACAAACAGAACAGUAUAGAAAAGAACAGAGCAUAACCAUGUCGGAGACAUUCUUGGAAUUCCAAAUCCCACACCAAAAGCUUUUCAACGGAAUUCAAUUCCCUUUAAUUCUAUCACCCAACCCCAAGUCCCAGACCCCUCCUUCCUCUCUGUCUCUUUUCACCAAAGCCAUCAAAACCGAGAAAACGUUUCUCGACUCUGUGCUUCACAAGUCCGGUGCUGUACUCCUCAGGGGCUUUCCUGUAAAUACAGCCUCGGACUUCAACGACGUCGUUGAGGCCUUUGGCUUCGAGGAACUUCCUUACGUGGGUGGAGCUGCCCCUCGGACCAACGUUGUGGGUCGGGUCUUCACCGCCAAUGAGUCCCCGCCAGAUCAGAAGAUUCCUUUUCAUCAUGAAAUGGCUCAGGUUCCUACAUUCCCUUCCAAGCUGUUUUUCUUCUGUGAAGUGGAGCCUGGAAGUGGGGGAGAGACUCCUAUAGUUCUUAGCCAUCUUGUCUAUGAAAAGGUGAAAGAGAGACACCCAGAAUUUGUUGAACGACUAGACGAGCAUGGAUUGUUAUAUACGCGGGUAUUAGGUGAAGAUGAUGACCCGUCAUCUCCGAUCGGGCGUGGGUGGAAAUCAACAUUCUUGACCAAAGACAAGAGUGUGGCUGAGGAAAGGGCUGCUAAUUUGGGGAUGAAGCUGGAAUGGCUGGAGGAUUCAGUGAAAACAAUAAUGGGUCCAAUCCCAGCUAUUAAAUUCGACAAGACAAGACAGCGCAAGAUUUGGUUUAACAGCAUGGUUGCUGCUUAUACAGGCUGGGAGGAUGCCAGGAAUGAUCCUGUAAAAGCUGUUACCUUUGGAGAUGGCAAACCGUUGCCAGCUGAUAUCAUCUAUGACUGUCUAAAUAUCCUUGAAGAGGAAAGUGUAGCCUUUCCUUGGCAGAAAGGUGAUGUUCUUUUGCUGGAUAAUUGGGCUGUCCUUCAUGCCCGAAGAUCAUUCGAUCCACCUCGCCGUAUACUAGCUUCACUUUGCAAGUAGUGUAGGUGCAUCUUCACCCUGCAAAUGGUUUUAUUGGUCGAAAUUAUACAAUUUCAGGCUGCGUUAUGGAGAUGUAUAAAUAAAGUAUUGUAAUGGCGUACAAACCAUAUUUGUAGUUUAUGCCACGUUUGUGGAGAAGUAUCAACAGUACCAGUAUACAUAAACAAAACAACCUUUCUAGUUAGACCCAAGCCAUACGUGAAACUAAAUGCAUACCCUUUUUUUGUUUGUCUC